CAGAGGAAUUGAUGGACAAUGAUUCCAUCAUUUGCCAUAUUCGUGCUCCUGAAUAUCAAUGCAUCCGUUGCACUGCUCGCUUCGCGACCGAGAGCGCACUUGGUGCCGCAUAACCAUAGGCUGCAGCCCAGGCACCCAUUUGCACUCCCUGCAACGCAGCAGGACGAUGCGGAUGCGGCAGUCUCACCUGACAUCACGUCGGCAGUCGCAUUGUUCGCUGCCGUACCUGCGGGAGCAUUGGUAUUGCAGCUUCUCUACGCGCAGCGCGUACUGCUGCCACUCCUCCUCGUAAAACGCGUCUACAUCUAUGCCAUGGCUACGUACGUCGUCGCCGUCGGCGGCGCCCGCGGAGGCGGUGACCCAUCAGCGCUGGGUACACGACUAGAAUCAUUGACGCGCGAGGUGCUGCCCGACUCUCUCGCGCCGACGACGGACCUGGCACCGCUACAGAAGCUUGACGCCGUCGACGAGACGCAGCAAGCAGCGUUAGUGCCUGCCGCAGUAGCAGCAAGUCUGCUGCUGUCGCUCGGACUGCUUGCACUGGCAUCGUCCGACGGCGGCGCCGUGCGAGAGGCGGCCGCGUCCGCAACGUCGCUGGCGGCAUUGUCGACUGCGGGCACGUUAGGCAUCUUCACGCGAGCCGAACUCCAGCGAGUCGGCGCGCCGGCGGCUACAGCGCUCGCGGCUGUUCUCGUCGCUUUUGCUUACCUGGUACCCGCGGCGUACGCCUGGCCGGUCCAAAACAUACUAUGUAUGUGCCUCGCCAUCGCGACCGCACGGGCUCUGCAGUUCUCAAAUUUUGCAGCGCUGUGCGCCGCGGCGGCGGCGCUCGUCGCGUACGACGUCGCAUCGGUCGCGGCGACACUGCCGCUAGCGACGGCUGCGGUUGGCGCCAAGGCCGCGGCGGGGGCAGGAGCGACGGCGGGCGCUCCAAGCGCCGCCGCCGCCGCGUCCCCCAUGGGAGCCGUGGCCGUCUCAAGACUUUCGGAGGGCUUCCAGCCCGGACUUCUUCAGGUCCGGCUCGGCGGACGAGUCUCUGAUGUCUUGGGUCUUGGCGACAGCGUGUUCCCUGCACUCGUCGCUGGCUUUGCCAAGAGAUACGACCUCGCCCAAGAAGAGAGCCGGCUCUUCCCCGCGGCGCUGGCAGGGUUCGGCGUCGGGUGUCUGUUGUGUGAACUGUCUCCGGGCAUCGACGGCCGCGGCUUGCCGGCGCUACUCUAUAUCCUCCCAGUGAUGCUGCUCGCCGUCCUGGCGACGGCGACCGUCAACGGCGACGACGUGUUCGAGUUGUGA